UGGCGGCAAAUGUCAUCUCGGCCUCGUGGCUCCGGCAAAACCCCAGGUAAACACCGAGUUAAUAUGAACUAAACCCCUUUCUAUAAACACGAUCGUAAUGUAGGGGACAUCGGCGAAAACCACAGCCGAGUACCUUUCACUAGGAAGACGCACCUUGCUUUUAUUUAAUUGAUUUCUUUUGUCCCGUAUCGUCUUUGUUCAAUUAAGCAUCUUUCCUUAAUGAUGUGAUGUAGCUUUAAAUUGAUUGUUUUUUAAUUAUCGAUGGAGUAAAAAUGAACAGUUCUUGAUUAAUUCUUCUCUGUAGUCUUUUGAGAAAGUGAUAUAAUAAUUAAUUCGUACACACUCAACGGAAAGUGUCAUAUUUUUCAUUCUAAUUGUGAUGGCAUCGACAAUGGAUUUCAAUCUGUUGCUAGAAUUACUCAAGAAAUACAAGACGACCAGCGACACGAGUCAAUUGACAUAUGCCAUGUUACACAUUGGUCAGUCUCUCUAUGACCUCGACUCGGUGGCCAAAAAACUCGCUGGCCCCACAGCAUCUAUGUGUCACUUCUUGCUGAAAAUUACCUCGGACAUCUUAGACGAGUUUAAAUUCACCAAGAACCAGCAACCCAGCCAGGACUCACCCGACGAAUGCGAAGCAUUUAUGUACUGGUUCACAUCGCAGCUUCUCAGCCUCUUCACUCACCCCGGCUGCCACCAGCUCCACCCGAAAUGCGUUGCCUUGAUCGUCCAGUUUCUUAAUAGUUUGAAGAUAAACGAACCUUACCUGUAUCAUAAAAUCCUUGAAAAACUGGCCUGUUGUCUUAGUGAACUCGCAGUCACUCAGUCUUCUGGAUUGGAAUCUAUCGAUGAAAACAGAUCGAUUGUUUUGAAUCUUUUUAACGUAGAUUUACGUCUGAUUUCUAAUUUCCUACCUCCGUCUGAACAGAACACAGAAAUACGCCAAGCUGUUAUCAAACUGGGUUGCGAGUCGUGUGAGAUCCUGCAAAGCAAUUUGACGUUGGUGUUCUCGCAACAGGUUCGAUACUUCAACGGCGGGUGGAAUACUCGACUACUGUCUGUUUUGUGUCCCAGUCUUUUGGCCCAGGUCGAAUUCGGAGACGUCCCAUUGAAAGCUGCUUCGUUACAAGUUAUUGAACAGUUACUGCUUCUUCAUGGCGUGCCGGAAUUUGAGCUGCUUGAGUAUCUCGUAGCUGUUCUGGUAGCGAUUCCACCGAUGAUGUAUGGAGACCAGGCAGAACUAACAUCAAAAGAAUUGUCUCAAAUGGAGACAGCCUAUGUUAAGACCCUGAAUGCUCUCCUCAAAGCUGAUUCUUCUGGUAUUGGUAAUCAUUUAGACAUAGCUAAUUUGGACCUCAUGUUGAACAAGUUUAUAGAAUUUAUGAGUCUUUAUGGCUGGCUUCAGAAGUUGCAGCAAGAACCAUCUGCCGACAUGUGUAGUGCCGUCAGCUCAUUUCUCAACCAUAUUUUGAUCAAGUUAAAGCAAAUUCAGAAUAUAUUUGAUUCAGUUUACAGCCCAGUUAUUAAUGUUUUAAAGGAGAAGCUGUGUCAUUUGGUUGGCAGGGUUUACAACAAAGAGUUUCUGGUGCAGAACUUAUGUCUGUUGGUGUCUUGGGAAAUGGAAUCCUCCUGUCUCAAUGAGAAUGAUUUGUCUAAGGAAACUGAAGAACAUCCGCCCAAAAAAGCUAAACUGCCAUAUCUCCCUCAUUUAAAAAGCAAAACCAGCAACAAUAGCAGAAAAAAAAUAACUCCAGAAGAUAAAUCGAAACUAUUCACGGAAAUUAAGCGAAAGUUAGAAACGUUUAAAAGCAAGUCGUACAAUGACAGCAACGGGGUGUUAUGUAUGUUAACUGGCGUACAGGUUAUUGUGGAAGUAUCCGUAGUGUUGUUCCAUUCUUUCAAAGACAAUCCUUCACAGAAGAAUACUAAGGACGGUCAACCAAAAGUUUACAGUACUGACCAGAAAUUCACCGAAUGGCUCUCUAAAGACGAAUUAACAGAAAUCUCUUAUCUAUGGAAGAAUUUGUUUUCUCUUUGUACAAGUCUUCAGAACGUUGAUGAAUCUAAGGCCAAGGAACUUUUGAAUUGCAGUCUUCCGGUUGUGGCAAAAUCUGUUGCUGCUUUGUUGAUUGUGAACGAUUUCAGCGCCGCAGUGCCGGAAUUGGUAAGUGAGUUUGUUGUGCUACUUUCUUUACCAUGGCUUGCCAACAAUGCUUCUUGGCUUGAUCUACAUUCAGCUGACCUCAAACCGAUGUUGGAAAUAAGUGGCCAAUUGUCUCCUCUCUUAGAUGACCUCACAUGUCAAAUCUGUAUGGAAGUUUUGUGCUGGAUCCCCAAAUAUAUCGCUGGUCAGUGGCGUUGUCACGUCUACAAAUCAGUUUUAGCCAAUAAUUUAAGCCUUCCAUUGAUUCUGCAGGGAAUUCGCUCCUCUGUUGUGUUAUUACAUACUCUUGGAGACAACUUUGCUUACCUCGUGACAGAGUUGCUCUUGCCAUUAUUUAACAUGAAGAAUUCCACUGUGGACAACAGUUUGGCAUCGGUGUUUGGUGAACUUGUUUGCGUUCUGUCGGGAGAGACUGAAAUAUGCCAGAGUAAUUCGUUUGAUUCGAACGGGGGUGAAGUGAACAUCUUUGAACUUUUCAAGUUGAAAUGCAAGCAGUGUGACGAUGCUAAGACAAAUCAUAAGAAGUUGGUCAGUCAGACCAAGUUACCGAUCAUACAGGAGAUGUUUCUUUGUUUUUCUGGUAACAGAGACAUGAAUGAUGCAACAUAUCGGAGGGCCCUGGCACGCAGCCUGCUUCGUGUCUAUAACCACGUAGAGAUAAAACUCACUGAACAGUGGGCUCUUAAUUUGCUAAAUUACUCACUGCAAUUAAUUAACGAUCCUGAUUACGAUAUUUGCAUUUUGUUCAGCAACUGCUGUUGGAAUCUGCUCAAAGUCUCUGGUCUUGAUGUUGCAAAUAUUGUCUUUGAGAAACUGAAGAAUUCUUUGGCACAUUUAAAAGACACGAAAAGUGUGAAGCUACAGAAAUCGAUCCUGAUGACCGUUGGUCUGCUUGGUAAAUAUUCAAGUGGACCUCUUCUGUUGGACGUCACUCUGUUCCUUUUGGAAAACAUAGUUUCUGAUGUUCCUGUUUCCAGCGCUGUGGCCUACAUGCAACUUCAGGGCAUUUCAAGAGCCAAAAAAGCAGGAGAGAAACCCUUUAAUAUAUUUAUGAAUUACCAACAACCCGUCUGUAUGUUCCUGGUCAAGACAAUGGAUGAAUCCUGUAAAUUAAACAUUGGCAAAACAGCUGAACAGAAACUGAAAGAGGUCAGCAAUGUGUUUGAUUACGUGGAUAUCAGAACCUUCAUACAUAGCACCGAGCGAUUCCUACUUCCCCAAUUGGUUGCCAUGGCUUCCCAGACGGCAUCAUCUCUAAUAAAGCUUCUUGCUACUCUUUUACAAGUGCCAAGUCGCAAGAAGCUUCUAAUUUCUUCCACGAAAUACAUUUUUUCUUAUCUGAUUCGACAUCACAACGAACAGGAAAUUGCAAAAGCCCUCCAGUUCCAUUUUGCCGAGACUGAAAUUGAACUAACUUACCUGCUUCGUAUUGACUUCCAACGAGUCCAUAACGAACUCUUGCUCUACUUGAGUACUAAUUACGCCGAAGUCUUCAAAGGUUUACAGCGUCUCUGCUCCUACGAUGAUUUCUAUCCUGGACAGAUAACCACGACAGAAGAUAUGGCCAACUAUCUCCAGCCUCGAUUACUUGGAAUUUUGGCUUUCUUCGAUUCUCAAUUAUUGAUUUCUAGCAUUCCAAUUGAAGAGAAAAAGCUCACGUUGGAUAGUUUAAAUUCCAUCAUCCAGCUAAUGGGAGCAAAACACAUCACGUUUGUGAGAUACAAAAUUAUGAAUACUCUCCGAAUUAGUCUACGAUUUGAUGAGAAAGAUUUCCUGGCAAUUGCUUGUCAAGCGUGGAACUCAUUCAUCCGAAGCGUGGAAUUGCCAGCUCUGGGUGACAUGUUGUCACCGAUAUCUGCCACUCUUUUACCGUUGAUUCAGCAGCUUCCUGCACAGUGUGCUGAGAUCUUCAACUACCUCAUCAUUGAGAACAAAGAUGCUUUGUGUGGUCACUUCCAAGAAAUAUAUUUUUUACCCGACAUUCCAGAACUGUCCAAUGUGAAUUACGUUUUGAAGCAAUACUCCAGUAGCCUCUCCAGCCAAUCGGAUUUAAGAACAAAGAUCACUCAUACGUUACGUGGUGUGACACACGAAAGCUUGGAUGUCCAAAUCCAUGCCUUGUCAAAUUUGAGGAAUUUGCUUCAUAGCAGUCAAAGACAGCUGCAUCAGUACAUGCUUGACAACGAAACUGCGGAUCCGAUAGUAUCGCAGCUGAUCUCCGUGCUUUUAUCCAUUUGCAAGGUUCCGGAUCACAGGGUUCGAUGUCUGAUUGGAGAUUGUCUUGGAGAGAUCGGCGCUAUCGAUCCCGGACGCCUCGAGUUGACAUCGAAUAAUCCAAAAGAAGAAAUGGCCAAAUUCCAAGCAAGUACUGAAGACGAUAAUUUUGCUAUUGGAAUUAUAAAUGAAAUAAUCCGUGCUUUCCUUGCAGCUACUGAAACUCGGGUGCAGGAUUGUGCAUCUCUAGCGCUGCAGGAUCUUUUGCAGAUUUAUAGAAUAAGCGACAAACCCGAAGAAAAUAACGAACAUGGUUCCGAACGGAGACUUUGGAAUCGUUUUCCGGAGCAUGUCCAAGAAAUAUUACAACCUCUGCUUAAUUCCAAGUAUAUUUCAUCAUCGUCUUUCAGCUGGGAUCAUCUUCAGAAACCGAUUUAUGGCAGCAUGAAGGGCAGCAAGUACAAGGAAUGGAUAUGUAUCUGGACCACUUAUUUGUCUUCUAGGGUCCAACAGAACCACCCCUUACGUGUGUUUCAAGUAUGCAGUCCUAUAACACGGUACGAUCCUUCAAUCGCUUUAUAUAUACUGCCACAUGUCGUCACCCAAGUCUUGCUAGAUGGCACCGAAGGGGACAUCCAAGACAUCCACAAUGAGAUCAUGGAAGUGUUACACCAGAUAAGGAAGUCGGAUACUCGACAGGGUAGUGUGACUGAUAUGCGCCACAUGUGUGCCCAAACCAUUUUCUCUGUUCUUGAUUAUUUAUUGAAAUGGAGGACAAACCGGGCACAGCUUAAGGUAGCCGAAAUGCCUGUGUCUAAGGAACCGGUGUAUCUCAAAGACUCCAGUUACAGAACAGUAAACGCAUUCCUGAAUCACAUCCCGCAAGACGUCCUUGCAGAAGCUUGCUUCAACUGCAAUGCAUUCACACGUGCAUUGAUGCACUUUGAACAUUUCAUCAGAAACAACGAUUGCAAUAUCCAACAACACCUCGAUCUGUUGCAACGCAUCUAUGUUGCGUUAGACGAACAUGAUGGUGUAGCAGGGGUUGCAGCCAUUCGGCAAGCACAGCCGACCCUUGUGCAACAGAUUUUGGCCCACCAAAGCAUUGGCCAGUACCAGGAUGCGGAGGCUUGUUACGAAAGAGCUGUGCAGUUAGAGCCUGAAGAGAUCUCUCAUCAUCAUGGUUGGCUGCGGAGUUUGAUGGAAUUGGGUCAGCUGAACAAGGCCCUCCUUCAUGCUGACGGCGUCAUUGCUAACCAUCCUUCAUGGAGCACACAACUGAACACCUAUCGUAUUGAGGCCACGUCGAAACUCGGAGAUUGGACCAAACUGGAAUCUUAUGUGAAGUUGGAGAAGGAAAGCAACGACUGGGUCGUGAGCUUGGGGAAAAUUCUUUUGGCCAUCAAGGACCGACAGGAAGAGAGCUAUCAGAAGCAUUUGAAUAGCGCACGUAUAGAAAUAAUGGGGCCCUUAUCGGCAGCUAGCAUGGAAAGCUUCUCAUAUCUUCGUGGUUAUGAAAACAUUGUACGACUACAUAUGCUCAAUGAGAUUGAGCAGGCGAAAAAAAUUAUAUUCGACUCCAAGACUCAGCUCAAAUGGAGCAAAAGCAAGCAACAAAUUUCAUCUGAUUCUGUGAGUCUUGACGAGCUUCUAUUGCAGUGGGAUGCACGUUCGAAGCUGAUGCAGUCUCCUUUUCGCAUUCAGGAACCUGUACUCACUUUACGACGUACUCUCAUCACACUGGAAAGCUGUUCCAAUUGUUCCCCGCAGAUAGGGAAAUGGCUCCUUGAUACGGCGACGGCUGCCCGCGAAGCCGGUUACCUCCAAACGGCAUACGGCUCCCUCAUUCAAGCAGCUUCCUCCAAUCUGCCGGAAUAUUGCCUGGAGAAAGCCAAAUGGUUCUGGGAAAAGGGUCAGAAUGAUCAAGCGCUCUCCUGCCUCGAGAAGGGCAUGGCUGAGCACUUCCCUAAUCUGAAUCAACUGAAAAGGGACAUGUCAAAGAGCGCCAAAAAAAAACUGUUCACCUAUGCUCAGGCGCAGUUGUUGUACACGCAUUACUGCGAUGAGACUUCCAACACGGAUAGCAACACCGUUUUGAAGCAGUACCGUGAUGUCACGGACUCGUGUUCGGAAUGGGAAGAUGGCUACUUCUUCCUUGCUAAAUACUACGACAAGAUGAAGAACAACUUGAUAGAUGACAACGAAAACUCAGUGAAGCAAGGAGAGUUCAAUAUAUUUGUUGUGAAGAAUUACGGGACAUCACUGCAGUACGGAAACCAAUACAUUUACCAAUCGCUUCCAAGGCUCCUUAGUCUGUGGCUGGAUUAUGGUUCCACUGUCGUUCAGUCAGAGCUCCGUGACCAGACGUCGAAUCAAGCAUCGCACAUGCAAAAACUGCAGUCUCAGAAAACCAUUCUGCAGAAUUUGAACAAAGUGAUCGAACAGCUAAGUCGCAAACUGGCGCCGUACCAACUCUUCACGGCUUUUUCACAGCUCAUCUCUCGCAUCUGUCAUGCAAACUCGGACGUGUUUCGUCACCUGGUGAAAAUAAUUGCAAAACUGCUGUACACGUUCCCUGCUCAAGCUGUUUGGAUGCUGAUGGCUGUCUCGAAAUCGUCAUAUCCAAAACGGGUAAAGAGAUGCCAAGAGAUAUUCAACCAAGCGAAACUGAUGAAGGAAGAACUCGGCAAAUUUUUACUUGAUGCCAAUAAACUUACAGAACGUCUGCUGGAAUUGUCUGAGCGCCACUGCCCAGACACUCAGCCUUUGAGUUUGUCCCAGCACUUCAAGUCACUUAAACGUCUCCUUGACGACCAUAAUUUCAGCAACAUAAUCGUCCCCUUGCAAUCUUCGAUGACGGUUACAUUGCCCAUGACGAAAACUGAUAACAAAGUCGACCACGAUCCUUUCCCGGGCGACACCGUUUAUAUCAGCAGUUUUGAAGAUACAAUUGAGAUCUUACCUUCGUUACAGAAACCCAAAAAGAUAACGAUAAAGGGUAGCGAUGGUCACCUGUAUGUAAUGAUGUGUAAACCAAAGGACGAUUUGAGAAAGGACUGUCGUUUGAUGGAGUUCACUACGAUUGUCAACAAGUUCCUACGCAAAGACCCCGAGGCCAGAAAGCGGCAGCUUCAUAUACGCACAUACACCGUGAUUCCACUGAAUGAAGAAUGUGGCAUCAUAGAAUGGGUGAACAACACGAGUGGUCUGCAGUAUAUAUUACGCAAAUUGUACCGCGAAAAGGGGUUACAAAUCAGUAACCGGGAGUUGAAGAAUCACAUCCCAGCUCUUCAGGCCCCGCUUGAUAGGAAACUAGAACUGUUCAAAAUGCUCCUUCAUCUUCACCCUAGUGUGUUCUACGAAUGGUUCCUGCGGACAUUUCCGGACCCGACAGCUUGGUACAAUUCCAGACUGGCAUACGCCCGAACCUCUGCUGUGAUGGACAUGGUCGGAUAUAUCCUCGGACUUGGGGACAGACACGGCGAGAACAUACUGAUGGACUCCACAACCGGUGACUGCCUCCAUGUCGAUUUCAAUUGUCUCUUCAAUAAAGGGGAGACGUUCGAGUGGCCUGAGCGCGUACCGUUCCGCUUGACCAACAACAUGGUCAAAGCUAUGGGACCAAUGGGAUAUGAAGGCAUUUUCCGACAGGCGUGUGAAGUGACCCUUAAAGUACUACGGAACCAAAUGGACCCUCUGAUGAGUGUCCUAAAACCAUUUAUUUAUGACCCUCUUGUGGAGUGGCAGAAACUGACUAAGGGCCAAAGAUCACAUCAAGUCAGUUCUGGUGAGAUUACCAACGAGCAAGCAAUGACCCAUGUCCAGAUGAUUGAGCAUCGCAUGAGAGGAAUCCACGCAUCAAAAACCAAACCAAGGGGCCUGCCCUUAUCUGUUGAGGGUCAGGUCAACUAUUUAAUUCAUGAGGCAACAAAUGAAAAACUCUUGUGCCAGAUGUACAUUGGAUGGGCCCCGUACUUGUAGAAAAAAAUCUGGUUCUGCCCAAAUUAUUCGCCUUCCCACUAAUUGCAAAAGUGAAAUUUUUUCAUGAAUGGAAUUCCUGAACAAAAGUAAUGAGAUCUUCCACUGCAUAAUGGACUGUUCCAUACCAAAAAACAGGACUUGUAUAAAAAAAAAAUUCCUUUCUGUUUUGUAUACAUGUAUAUA